CAGUGGGGGGCGGUAGGGGCGGCCGCCCCCCCCGUCAGCCGUAUCAAAAUGUGUUGUAUCGAAUUUGUUGUACUAUUAAAUUACAUUAUUUUGUGUUAUACCAUUCUAACGUAUUGUUAAUUGUUAUUGUCACAAAUGUUUGUCUUUUAUUUUUAUAACAUAAACAUAUGACAACAAUAUUAUUGCGACCGUAUGAGCGACGACAACCACCAGCCGGCCAGCCCAGCCGAAUCGUAGAGUUUUGUCCUAAAAAUAGUAUGAGAUUACAUGUUUAUUUUGUUUACAGAUAUUAAAUCUUCCUUAUUCUCGACUGCCUGAAAUAUACAUAUUUAUAAUACAGAUAUCAAUUUAUUUCUAGCAGUACCUAUAAUAGUAAUAAUUGUUGUGUUGACUGUUGACAUUAGAUUAGACACUCUUUAGUCUUUAGUUUGACAACCGCAGAUAUACACGCGUACUCGUAUUACGUAUAAUUUCCUUAAUAAUCGAAAUUAUAUUUCUCGUAAUACGCCGUUAAAAGUGACCGCGAUUUAUUCUUUUAAUUUAAUUGGUGACGUUUGUAUUAUAGUUGUAAGUUGUUAUACUGUAAUUAUUUCAUUUUAUUCGUUUAUUGAACAAAAACAUAAUGUCUAAGAGGAAAAAUGUCGAUAUUACACAUUUUUUUAAAAAGAAAAGUGCAACUAGUGCAAGUACUGUGGAAAAUGAUGAUCGAACAACUGAGGAAAAUAAAAAUCGAAUUGCAGUGGAUUCAAGUGAGUCGUCUUUAUCAUCCAAAGAAAAAAUUGAAUUAAAUAUUUGUCAACCACUAAACACUGAAAUUAAUUUAAAUAAAAAACUAGAUAUUGGAGAUUUUUUAAAUUCAAAUUUACACAUUAAUAAUAUUUUUAAAAAACAACUUCUUGAAGAUCAUUGGAGACCCCUAAAUAAAAAUAAUUUUCCCUUUUCUACUCACAAAAAAUGUGGUAGUAUAGAAAAAAGAUACGUAAAAUUAGAGCAUUUGGAAAAAUAUUUUUGGCUAGUGAUAUCAAAAUCUAUGAAUGGUUUAUUCUGUGUUUAUUGUUCAGUUUUUAAUCACUCUAAUACUGGCACAGGAUCAAAAAAUACAAUGCCUCUUAAGUGUCUAGUAACCGAACCUUUAACCAAAUUUGCUAAACUUCUUGGAAAGGAUGGUUACCUAGAAACUCAUAGUAGAAAUAUUUACCAUAAAAACGCCGUUCAGGAUGGAAAAUCAUUUUUACAUAUUUAUAAUAAUCCACAAAAUAAAAUUACCAAUAAACUAAAUACAGCUCAUUAUGAACAAGUUAAAGAAAACAGAUCUCGGUUGAAACCAAUAAUUGACUCGUUAAUAUUUCUUGGUAAACAAAAUAUUGCUAUUCGAGGACAUCGCGAUGAUGGCAGUAUAUUUGACGAUUCUCAAAAGCCUACAGAAAAUAAUGGAAAUUUCAGGGAAUUAUUAAAUUUCAGAAUUUCAUCUGGUGAUGAGAUUUUAAAAAAUCAUUUAUUAAGUUCCGAGUCUAGAGCCACUUACAUUAGUAAAACGACACAGAACGAACUUAUUUGUAUUAUAGGAAAUUUGAUACUAAAAAAUGUGUUGGAAAGAGUAAAACAAUCAAAAUUUUAUAGUGUUAUUUUUGAUGAAACCACCGAUGUAUCAAAUAUUUCCCAGUUAGUCACUGUUAUUCGAUAUGUCCAUAAAAAUGAAGUGUAUGAAGAUUUUAUCGGAUUCUUAGACUGUCAUAAAGACAAUUAUAAAAAUACUGGAGGGGAAGUAGAACCUAAAAUGACUGGUGAAAUUAUAGGAAAUUCAGUUUUGAGCAUUUUAAAAAAACUUGAUUUACCAUUUGAAAAUUGCGUCGGAAUUACAACAGAUGGAUGUAGUGUUAUGCUAUCCGAAAAAUGUGGAGCAGUUAAAACACUUAAAGAAAAAAUGAAAAAUGCAAUCAAAUGCACUUGUUUUAGUCAUGCCUUAAAUUUGUCUAUUAUGAAAGGGUGCAAAAUUAAAUUUGUAAGAAAUGCUUUCGGAAUAAUGAAAGAAAUAAUUAAUUUUUUUAAUUCAUCAGCAAAAAAAAACUAUAUUUUGAAAAAUACUUUAAAAUCAUCAUUACAUUCAUUAUGUGAGACAAGAUGGGUGGAAAAACAUGACUGUAUUUUACAAUUUUUCACUGGCCUAAGUUCCAUAAUCGAGGCAUUAGACAAAAUAUCAGAUUGGGAUGAUAUAAAUACCGCAAAAAUUUUUACUUUAACAUCUCCAGUAAGUAAAUUAUUGCAGUCCAAAAGCCAGGACAAAUUUUCAGCUACUACUAUAAUUAAAAAUGUAAUUUCUAUUUUGAAAAAAAAACGAGAAAAUAGUUCCAACUGUUUUAACAAAAUAUUUAAAACCGCUGAAAAUCAGAUGGCCAACUUGGGGAUUUCAAUCGGAAUUAACAAGCCAAGAUUAUCUGAAGUAAUGAAAAACAGAGAAAAUCCUCAAACUCAAUCUGUUGAAGAAUAUUUUAGAAUAACUCUUUUUAUUCCCUUUCUCGAUAAUUUACUAUAUGAUUUAGAAUCUAGAUUCGAUGAAGAUUUAAUGUCAGUUUUUGAUCUAGACGUAGUGUUGCCCAACAUAGUUAAAACAAAAUCCAUUUUUGAUGACAAAUUUAAAUUAGAAAAUAAAAUAAAAAACGUGAUUAAUCAAUUUGGUGACUUAGUAGCUCAUGAAAUAAAUAUACCUAGAGAUAUUUUUGAAUCUUCAAUAAUUGGUGAAUUUGAACUUUGGCACAAUUAUUGGUUGCAAGAGGAACAAUUACCUUCGUCACCUUUAGAAGCUAUCAAACAAUGUGACCCGGACCUUUUUUCUGGAAUAAAUGUAUUGUUAAAAAUACUUAUCACGUUACCGGCUACAGGUGCAACAGCUGAACGUAAUUUUUCAUCACUACGACGAGUCAAAACAUGGAUGAGGUCGAGAAUAUCAGAGGAACGAUUAAAUGGACUGGCAUUAUUACACGCUCAUCGAGAUGUCAUUAUAAACCACGAUGAAGUUAUAGAUAUAUUUGCUCAAUCUAACAGAAGAUUGGACUUUGUAAUUUGAUUCAUAAUUAAAAUGUUUUAACUUCAAAAUUGUUAUAUUAUAUUUUAUUAUGAAUUUUAAAAGGUAUUUUAAAAGAAAAAGAUAGAUUUAAAAAUGUAAUUUAAAUAAUUAAAUAAAGAAAUAAAGAAAUUU